AUGUGUCACCGGGCCCCGUGCCGCGACAACUACGCCACGGCCUGUCGGCCCGUCAAAGUGGUCAAACGUGAAAACUACCUAGUGCCGGGGCCUGAAGAUGUCCAAGACCAUGACAACUGGCUGUCGCUGUUUAUCUCCGACUAUAAAAGGAGCUUGACCCUUUCGAUUCCUCAUUCUAGGUCUAGAACUUGUGAUCGAUUCAAUUAUUGA